CCCGCAGCCGGAGCCCUACGCUCGGGGUCAGACACCAUGGCCGGCCCAGACUCCUCCACCAACGGCGACGAGGGCGCCGACGAGGGCGCCGACUCGACUGCAGGCCCGCAGCCCGCCGCCAAAAAGCGCCGCACCGGCACGUCGUCGCGCGGCGUCGCGAACCUCACGCCCGAGCAGCUCGCCCGCAAGCGCGCCAACGACCGCGAGGCCCAGCGCGCCAUCCGCGAGCGCACCCGGAGCCAGAUCGACACCCUCAACCGCCGCAUCCACGAGCUCGAGAGCCAGCAGCCCUACCGCGACCUGGAGCUUGUCGUCCGCGAGAAGAGCGCCAUCCAGGCCGAGAAUGCCGAUAUCCGGAAGCGGCUGGAGAGCGUCCUGUCCAUUAUCCAGCCCAUCCUGCGCGCCCCCGGAGGGCUGAACGAACUGGCAGCAGCCGCUGAGCGCUCCCCUCUUGCCGUUCCCCUACCGCAGCACCCCCCGUUGCACCCUCCCGACCCGCGCACCUUCCACUCCACCCUCGGCGAGAUAGCCGCCUCUCCUCGCAAUGGCAUCCAUUCCCCAGGCACGGCAGAGCGACAGUGGCUCUUCCCCGAAGCCCCUGGCGGCCAUGUGCGACAAUGGGCCCGCGAGGCCUCGCAGUACCCGCACGAACCCCCUCCCAUGCCUCCCGAGAUGCCCUUCGACGAGAGGCUAGGCGUUGACUUCAUCCUGGCGGACAAUGGACAGCGAAGGCCCGUGGAUCCGAACCUGCCUCCGCCCAAACAGCCGCCGACCAUCAGCACGAAUGGCAUAGGGCAGCAUGCGCCCGUCAUGGUCCCGUACACCGCGCUGCCACGCAACAUCGCAAGCACCUGUCCACUCGAUGCCAUUCUGCUGGACUUCCUGGCAGAGCGGCAGGCCCGGGCCCAGGAAGGCGUGCCCACAAAGGUCCUCGUCGGUCCGCUGUACCCCAAUUUCACGUCCAUUGUGCACCCGGAGCGCCGCGAUGAAGCACAUCCCUUGUCAAAGCUCUUCACAGACAUCCUGCGCACAUUUCCGGACAUUUGUGGACUCCCAGAGCAGGUCGCCAUUGUCUACGUCAUGUUCCUUAUUAUGCGCUGGCAGAUCGAGCCUACGAGGGAGAAUUAUGACAGACUGCCUGAAUGGGUCACGCCGCGCGCAUCGCAGCUGUUCGUCCCUCAUCCGCUUUGGUUUGAUCAUCUCCCAUGGCCACGUCUACGCGAUCGCUUGAUCGCAACCCAGCCCUUCACUUCUUUCGACACCUUCUUCAUUCCUUUCACAACAACUGUGUCUUUGAACUGGCCCUACGAAGCCCGCGACUGUCUCCUUCCAGCCUCUAAGGUCCACCCUUCGAGCCUGUCGACUACAUCCUCCGUUCCCGCGUCGAGCCCUUUCUCCACCGCCGUGAAUGCGGGGUCUCCUCCAGGACCACCCACGCCCCAACCUAGCGCGAGUACGCCCGGCGGCCUCAGCGCGAAGGACGAUGAUCAAUGGCUCAUCAACCCUGCGUUCGAAACCCAUCUACGAAAUCUCAGCAAUUGGAGCCUGGGGCCCUCGUUCGGAUCCACCUUCCCGGCCUUCAGAGACACCGUCAGAAUCAAAGAAGGCCGCUAGCCGCAUUUGUAGAUGCAAGCUGCGGCGACCCGGCCGCGCCCUAAUUUCGGUUUGUCGUGAUGAAAUUUUUUUUUGUUGUGAGUAUCAUGUACCAUUUUUAUUUUGGAGUAUCGCCAAAAGGUAUUGAUAUGCUAUUCUUUUACGAGCAUGUCCUGUCUAUAAUAGUCGGCGUUUCCAAAAGGUUCCAAGGUUCCAAGGUUGGCGCCUUGUCACGUGGGUGGUGGGAAUAGUCGACAUCAAUCAAGAGGCGGGUGUUUAUCUG